GAGCUGUGACUGAUGAGAAUUAAAGGCCAUGGAUGAAGAUGGACUUCAAUUACAACCACAAGAGCCAAACUCAUUUUUCGAUGCAACAGGAGCUGAUGCUACACACAUGGAUGGUGAUCAAAUUGUCGUGGAAGUACAAGAAACUGUUUUUGUGUCAGAUGUUGUGGAUUCAGACAUAACUGUGCAUAACUUUGUUCCUGAUGACCCAGACUCUGUUGUCAUCCAAGAUGUUAUUGAGGACGUUGUUAUAGAAGAUGUUCAGUGCCCAGAUAUCAUGGGAGAAGCAGAUGUAUCUGAAACGGUCAUCAUUCCUGAGCAGGUGCUGGACUCAGAUGUAACUGAAGAAGUUUCUUUAGCACAUUGCACAGUUCCAGAUGAUGUCUUAGCUUCUGACAUUACUUCAGCGUCCAUGUCUAUGCCAGAACACGUCUUAACCAGCGAAUCUAUACAUGUAUCUGAUGUUGGACAUGUUGAACACAUAGUUCAUGAUAGUGUCGUAGAGGCGGAAAUCGUCACUGAUCCUCUGACCACCGACGUAGUUUCAGAAGAAGUAUUGGUAGCAGACUGUGCCUCUGAAGCAGUCAUAGAUGCCAACGGGAUCCCUGUGGACCAGCAAGAUGAUGACAAAAGCAACUGCGAGGACUACCUUAUGAUCUCCUUGGAUGAUGCUGGCAAAAUAGAACAUGAUGGUUCGUCUGGAAUGACCAUGGAUGCAGAGUCAGAAAUUGAUCCUUGUAAAGUGGAUGGCAACUGUCCUGAAGUCAUCAAGGUGUACAUUUUUAAAGCUGACCCGGGAGAGGAUGACUUAGGUGGAACUGUAGACAUUGUGGAGAGUGAACCGGAGAAUGACCAUGGAGUUGAGCUACUUGACCAGAACAACAGUAUUCGUGUUCCCAGGGAAAAGAUGGUUUAUAUGACUGUCAAUGACUCUCAGCAAGAAGAUGAAGAUUUAAAUGUUGCUGAAAUCGCUGAUGAAGUCUAUAUGGAAGUGAUUGUAGGAGAGGAGGAUGCGGCAGCGGCGGCGGCGGCAGCAGCUGCACAUGAACAGCAAAUGGAUGACAAUGAAAUCAAAACCUUCAUGCCAAUCGCUUGGGCAGCAGCGUAUGGUAAUAAUUCUGAUGGAAUUGAAAACCGGAAUGGCACUGCAAGUGCCCUCUUGCACAUAGAUGAGUCUGCUGGCCUCGGCAGACUGGCUAAACAAAAACCAAAGAAAAGGAGAAGACCUGAUUCGAGGCAGUACCAAACAGCAAUAAUUAUUGGCCCUGAUGGACAUCCUUUGACUGUCUACCCUUGCAUGAUCUGUGGGAAGAAGUUUAAAUCGAGAGGUUUCUUGAAAAGGCACAUGAAAAACCAUCCUGAACACCUUGCCAAGAAGAAAUACCGCUGUACUGACUGUGACUACACUACCAACAAGAAGAUAAGUUUACACAAUCAUCUGGAGAGCCACAAGCUGACCAGCAAGGCAGAGAAGGCCAUUGAAUGCGAUGAGUGUGGGAAACAUUUCUCUCACGCUGGGGCUUUGUUUACCCACAAAAUGGUGCAUAAGGAAAAAGGAACUAACAAAAUGCACAAGUGUAAAUUUUGUGAAUAUGAGACAGCUGAGCAAGGGUUAUUGAAUCGCCACCUUUUGGCAGUCCACAGCAAGAACUUUCCUCAUAUUUGUGUAGAGUGCGGUAAAGGUUUUCGUCACCCAUCAGAGCUCAAAAAGCACAUGCGAAUCCAUACUGGGGAGAAGCCGUACCAAUGCCAGUACUGCGAAUAUCGAUCUGCAGACUCUUCUAACUUGAAAACACACGUAAAAACUAAGCAUAGUAAAGAGAUGCCAUUCAAGUGUGACAUUUGUCUUAUGACUUUCUCAGAUACCAAAGAGAUGCAGCAACAUGCUCUUAUCCACCAAGAAAGCAAAACACACCAGUGUUUGCAUUGUGACCACAAGAGUUCGAACUCAAGUGAUUUAAAACGACAUAUAAUUUCAGUUCACACGAAGGACUACCCCCAUAAGUGUGACAUGUGUGAUAAAGGCUUUCAUAGGCCUUCGGAACUCAAGAAACAUGUGGCUGCCCACAAGGGUAAAAAAAUGCACCAGUGUAGACAUUGUGACUUUAAGAUUGCAGAUCCAUUUGUGCUAAGUCGCCAUAUUCUCUCUGUUCAUACGAAGGAUCUUCCAUUCAGGUGUAAGAGAUGUAGGAAGGGAUUUAGGCAACAGAAUGAGCUUAAAAAGCAUAUGAAGACACACAGUGGCCGGAAAGUGUAUCAGUGUGAGUACUGUGAGUAUAGCACUACGGAUGCCUCAGGCUUUAAGCGACACGUUAUUUCCAUUCAUACAAAAGACUAUCCUCACCGGUGUGAGUACUGCAAGAAAGGGUUCCGAAGACCUUCGGAAAAGAACCAGCACAUAAUGCGGCAUCAUAAAGAAGUUGGCCUGCCCUAAUAAUACUUUUACAGGCAAUUGUAGAGAUACUGGCCUUGACGCAGGAAAUUCAUUUUAAAGCCAAUCAGUCUAGUUCACAUACAAUACUGUAUAUUGAUUUAUGCUGUGUACAGAUAGAUUGUUGCUUCUAGUUAACUUUUUUUUACAUUUUGUUCAGUAGUGUGUUCUGAAUUCUAUUCAGUUUGUUUAAUAAAUGGGGAAAAGUAGCAACAAGCUAGUUGCUUUUAAUAAAGUAAUCCUUGAUUCUAUACUGAAUUUUUCUAUCUUAGAAGUUUUAUAUUUAUUUAAAUAUUUACCUUGCUUACCUUGAUGGUACUCUUCUAAGACCAUUUAACUUAAGGUAACUUUAGAUUGGUGACUCUGAAAGUAUUCAUGUUGAUUCAUUUUUUUCCCAUAAAUUUCUCACAAUAAAAUUGCCAGAGAUACCUAAUAUGAAUGGGAGAUUUUAUGGUCAGGUCUCAUGAUCAUAACAUGGAAGUCAUUUACUUAUCUUGCUUAGUACUUUUAGACAUGCAACAAGGGAAGUUUCCAUUUGAGCUUUGAGUCCCUGGCAUGCUGAGUAAAGAGCAGUGGCUGGGCUUGUGUUUACUUUUCAUUUUGUUUAGCAACAAAGUAUACUUCUUUUUGCUUUCUUUGAACUAUUUGCAUAUUCUGUCAGCAUAGCAAACUUUAAGGAAACCUUUCUGGAAAAUUUUGCGUGGUCUUGUUGUAUUUUGAUUAUUCUGUCUGUGCUGCUUUGUCUGGAAUGGUUGGUUGUGUGCUGCAAAUGAAACUUACUGAGGACUGCAUUUUGGAAUCUCCUGGAGGUGACUUGUGGUUCAUAGGAUCUUUUGCAACUUUAUAUAUGUAAAUGUACUCUGAAUUAUAUAUAUACACAUAUAUAUAACAUGUAUCUGUGUGUGUAUUGCUUAUUUUACAUAUUUAUACACACAACCCCAAGUAGUAGUUGUUUAAAAUCUAUAAUGAAAAGUAUUAAAUUUACGAUAACAUGAAAGAUCCAGGGAUGCAUGAGAGAGCAUUUUGUAAGUCAUGCUCUUCAGAGAGACUACUCAGGUGAAGAAUUAGAAGGAAAAUAAGGACACUAGUAUUUUUAAAGAGUAAAGGUAUUUUCUUUUAAAUAUCUUUGAUAAUUGAAAAAUAAUUGAAGAAAAUAGAGGUUAAGAUGUUUUUAGAUAGAAUGUUUUCAUACAGUUUCAGCUCCAUGCCUUUAUAUUUUUCUGAAAAGCUAGUGAGCAUCGAGGCGUGACUCCCUCAGUUCUCUUGGAGCAGCUUAGUGAGAACUCUCUGUCUCACCAAGUGAGGGGGACGGAGAGGAACGAUGGCUCCAUGGACCAGAGAAUCGGUGCUAAUUAUGACUUACACUUGGCAGGUUCAGCGUGCUCUGCUAGUUACUAGACAGUUUCAGUUAGCAGGCUUGAAAAACUUAACAGUCAAGUUGGCUUGGAUUAGGAGAUAGAGGUGUGUUCCAAGUGCAGAAGGAAAGUCUGAGGCCUUAUUUGGAACCUCACCAGGUCUUUCCAUUUUGUUUUUCUUUGAGAGUUGGCAGUUUUAGUAACACGUAGGUUGGAACCAGUCGUACAUUUGUGUGAUGAACUUGGUUAAUUACGAUUUGAUUAUGGUAGGGCGACUCUUAAAGAACAAAAAUCCGUUCAUGGGGUCCCUGGAAUUGGCUGUUGGCACAUGUGUGUGACACGUCAAGGGGGCUUUAGUAAUCUUCUCACUCGAUAGCUGCCUUGCCACCUUGUUAUGGUGCUCCAUCCCCUUUGUGCCCUUAGGUUUUUAUCUUUCAUCUUUCUCUUUGCCAUCAAUAUUUGUAUUCAGAAGUUAGAUUUUUAGGGUUAGAAAUCUAAAUAUUUGGUGUUUGGCAAGCCUCUAAAGUGCUAGAUUAAUUUAGUCUAGUUCUAAAUCAAGUGCUUUAGGCUGGUAUGAACUCCAGCCUAAAUGCCAGUCAAACCAAGGCAUGGGUUUCCCUAGCCUAACCCGUAGGGAAUUCCUGUGUCCUUCUGGCUCCCAUAAUGUGCUUUUUUUAAUUAAAAAAAAAAAAAAAAAAGUAAAAUUCCAUGAUUCGUUGCCCUGCUAUUCUUGAAAGCUCUGUCUGUUUUUUUGUGAGAACCUUGAAAAUCUCCCUUUUUAUUUUCCCCAGAAAUACUGUAAAACACUUAAAGUAAAAAUUUAUUAAUUUUGAAAUGACCUAUACAAUUGAUUCAGAAAAUAUAAAUGGGUCAUUUAACUAUAUUUUUUUAAAUAAACUGAAAGAUAAAGAACACAACACUUUACACACUUUAUAUUUCUCUUACAUAACCUGGAAUCAUACACAGUUGUUUUCUUUUUAAAGCACAAUAUUGAAGCCUUUAAAAGGUAUUUAAGGGUUUGGUCAAGUGAAUAUAAAAUGUAUUUGUCUGUAUAAAGAGAAAAUUAAAUUGUAGUCACUGUUAUGUACUGACAUUAGUUACAACCUAGUUUUAAUUCUUAAAACAAUUUUGAUUAGCAAAGCUAAACAAAAAUGGAUGUUUCAGUUAAAUGUUUUAAAGAGGUACAGAUUUUUACAAGGACAUAAUAUAAGUUAUUGUUCUGUAGAAAUAUCCUAUUAAAUAUUGUAUGUCCCUCCCUCUGUAUACUUUGUAAAAAAAGUAAAAUACAUAAAAAGAAAAUCAUAUAGGGAUGUGUGACAUUAUUGUAAUUGUGUACUUGAGAAUGUGCAAAAAUAAAAAUCAGAAUAUUUUCCUGUUAAUGAAUGUUUAGUCUAUUUGAUACCAGUACUAAGUUAAUGCCUUUCUUAAGAAAAAAAUUGUACAGUUUUUGUAAACCUAAUAAACAUCAAAAGCAGUGGAUUA